UCCGAACUUAACCUGUAUAAAUACCGGGAUUAGCUACUCACAGCACUAGUUUCAAACAAUCUUUGGCAGCCAACAUGCACAAGCUUCUGACCAUUGUCGUCGUCGCCAGUGUCGCCAUUCCGACACUGACGGUUGCAUACACUCCGUUCCGUUCCUGUCCAAAUGAAGCACCCACACCGGAAACCUUUGAAAUCGAAGGCUGCACGGAACUGCCCUGUACCAUCACCCGUGGUCAGAAGCUGGUCGGCAUUGGCCGUAACCUGGUGAGCCCGUUGUCCACCAGCACCGUCGAGGCUUCCAUUAAGUUCUAUGCCGGUGGGUUAGAUCUGGGCGUUACCACGCCUCCGGAGAUUGCCGAUGCUUGCGCCAAUGGAAUCGAUUCCUGUCCGUUGGUGGAAGGGGAGUCGUUCGAUUAUACCUUCUCCAAGGACGACAUCCAGAUGGACAUUGCCGACAUCACCGUGCAGAUACGGGUUGCUCUAGUGGACGGAGCGGUUGAUAUCGGUUGCAUUGAAUUUGAUGGAACAAUUGUUUAAGACUGGGUCAGUUGCAGUCUGUUUGGAGUUUCGUGAUUUUAUAAAAUAAAUGAACGAAUAUAAUUAAAAAAA